CUUGAUAUUCAAGAUACAUUUUAGAAAAUGUAGCUAAUAAACAUAUACUUCACAUAAAAUACCAACACAUAUCAGCUGAUCUCCGUUCAUCUUUUUCUUAUCAACGUUGGCGAGAUGCGAAAAGUUAUAUUCGCGAACAAAUUAUAUAAAUGAAGGUUAUAUAAAAAUAUUGAAGUCCAGAAAUAUUAUGAAAUAUGAAUGCAAAAGUUAAAAAUACAAUUGAAACUUUGUAAUUUAUUUCUAUGUUAAAUUAUAAGUCACAUUUCAAAUAUUUCAAUAGAGUUUUUCAAUAUAGACAAGAUGCUAUCUAUGUUGACAAAUAAGAUCCGCUUAACCUGAUGCUCGAAGAAAAAGAUUUCUCCGAUACACGCCGUUUGCUGUUACAAGUUACAAAGUCGAUUUAUCGAUAAGUAAAUGUUACACUGAUAUCAAUGAUGACACGUCUGUCCACGUCCCGAGUAUACAAAUAUGUCUACGUGGUGUGCUCAAUGCUAAACUUUUCAAUGUUUUCCGAAGAAUUUGUUCAAUGAUUGGUGUCCUUUUACGAAAAUAAAAAUAUUUUUAAUUUAUUUCUAAGGAACGAAACUCGUUUAAUUUGUGCAAUCAUGUUGAAGGCUGUCAUCUUAAUUGGAGGCCCUUUGAAAGGGACGAGAUUUAGACCUCUGUCUCUGGAUAUUCCGAAACCAUUAUUUCCAGUAGCUGGAGUACCUAUGAUACAACAUCACAUCGAGGCAUGCGCCAAAGUAUCUGGUCUCAACGAAAUAUUGAUAAUUGGCGCAUAUUCUAAGAAUGAUUUAGCUCAGUUUGUACAAGAGAUGUCAAGUACCUAUGGCAUAAUUAUUAGAUACCUGCAAGAAUUUACUCCUCUUGGAACAGCAGGAGGCAUGUACCAUUUUCGUGAUCAGAUUCGUUCAGGCAGCCCAAUGUAUUUUUUCAUUAUGAAUGGAGAUGUCUGUGCUGAUUUCCCUCUACAAGAGAUGGUAGACUUUCACAAUAAUAAGCAGGCAUUGCUUACAAUCAUGGCAACGGAAGCCACUCGACAGCAAUCAUUAAAUUAUGGAUGUAUGGUCUUGGGUAAAGAAGGAGAAGUAGCACAUUACGUCGAAAAGCCUUCGACAUUUGUGUCAACUCUUAUUAACUGUGGAGUAUAUCUGGCUUCUCUUGAAAUUUUUCAAACAAUGGCAGAUGCCUUUAAUGCUAACCAGCAACAAGAGCAUAUUAUGCAAUUAUGCUGUAAUGGUAGAGAUCCAGCACAUAUUUCAUUUGAGCAAGACAUAUUGACACGUUUGGCAGGAUCUGGACGAUUGUUCGCUAUACCUGUCUUCAGGUGGUGGUCGCAAGUAAAAACUGCUGGUUCUGCAAUAUAUGCCAAUCGACAUUAUUUGUCACUUUACAAGCAGAAACAUCCAAAUCGUCUUGCUUCUACGAGUAAUGGUUCUUGUAACAUUAUAGGAGAUGUAUAUAUUCAUUCAUCAGCUACUGUACAUCCAACUUCUAUUCUAGGUCCUAACGUGAGUGUAGGUCCAAAUACAACUAUUGGGCCUGGUGUAAGAAUUAGGGAGUCAAUUGUGUUGGCCAAUGCACAUAUACAGGCUCAUUCUCUGAUUUUACAUAGUAUUAUAGGAACAGGUACCAGCGUAGGCAAAUGGGCACGCGUUGAAGGAACUCCUUGCGAUCCUAAUCCUAAUAAGCCAUUUGCAAAAAUGGAAAACUUGCCAUUAUUUAAUGUCAAUGGCAAGCUCAAUCCAUCCAUCACAAUACUUGGUACCAGUGUAAGCUUAGCUGCAGAAAAAAUCUUAUUGAAUUCGAUUGUUCUGCCACAUAAGGAACUUACGAGAAAUUAUAAGAACGAAAUUAUUCUUUAAUGCCUAAUGUUCGAGAUAUAAUAAUGAUUCACAUAUAAAUACACGAGUCGCACAAAUAAUGAAAUGCUAAGUAUAUUACAAAAUUUUAUAGUAAAAAUUUCUGAAAUAAUUUUUUUAUAAACAUUAAAUUGUUCCAUUUAAAAUUUUUAAAAUAAUUUGUAAAAUAAAAUUAAUGUAAAAUUUUUUAUAUGUACUAUAUAUAUGUUAUCGUAUAGCAACUAUGUAAUGUACAUAGAAAUAAUGUCCAGGUACACAAAAUAUAUAUAUAUAUAUAGAAUAAUUCCAUAUAUAU